AUGGAUGAUUUGUUGAACCUCGAGCUUCUUUCCCUUGUUUCGAAGGUGACAUCAGAAGUGCAGAACCAUUUGGGUGUUGGCGAAAAGACGGUAGCCGAAUUUUUGAUUGCCCAACGUACGCAAUGCAAUAGUUUCGACGAAUUCCGCGACAACCUCGAGGCGUCUACACCAGGAUUGCCUCCCAGUCUUGUUGAGAGUAUAGAUCGAUUAGUACUUGCUCUACAUCCCAAGUUCAAGGGCAAAGGAAAGGAGCAACAGAAAGAACACCACUCCAGAACGCUUGAAGAGAAAGAAAAGGUCUUUAGCGGUCUUUCGCUGCCCGACAAGGAACCUGCGCGCGACGAUGGAGCCGAUGCUAUUGACGACACCCUUGCGCUUCUGGAGGGCCUAGAGCCAAAGGCAAAGAAGGAGAAACCCACGAGAAAACGAAGUCGAAGCCCAGAGAACGAGCACAAAGAAUCGAGGAGAAGGAGAAGAGACAGAUCCCGUUCACGAGAGCGACGAAAGCGAGAUAAAUACCGAUCAAGAUCACGAUCGCAAGAUCGAGGCGACGAGGAUUGGCGCGAUGGGUACCGAGAUUCGCGCAAAGAUCGAAGAGGUCGCAGGCGACACGAUGAUGACGACCGAUUCCGCAACGCUCCAGCUCCUGAAAUUGACGAUGCGCCGCAACUUCACAAGAUCUACCAAGGCCAUGUCACAGGCCUGAAAGACUUCGGUGCCUUUGUCAAUUUGCACAAUGUGAAGGGAAGAGUUGAUGGUUUGGUCCACGUGUCCAGAAUGUCUGCUGGACAGCGCGUCAACCACCCUUCCGAUAUCUUGUCGCAGGGACAGGAAGUUUGGGUCAAGGUCACAAAUCUCGACAAGGACCAGAAUGGCCGUGACCGAGUGGGAUUGUCAAUGAAGGAUGUUGAUCAGGAGACUGGACAGGACUUUGAGCCACAAGCUCGUAUGACAACAGGUGCCAAUAUGGAAGCUCUGGGAGGAGGUCCAAGAGAUGGAUUUGCAGAGCCUAGCGGAGCGCCUCGAGAUACCCUGGGAGCCCCACGACGACAAAAGAAGCGAAUGACCUCUCCUGAAAGAUGGGAGAUCCGACAGCUAAUCGCGUCUGGAGUGGCCAAAGCAUCUGACUACCCCGAUCUGGAGGAAGACUACAACGCGACUCUUCGCGGUGAUGGCGAACUGGAGCUGGAGGAGGAUGUCGAUAUUGAAGUUCGAGAGGAGGAACCACCUUUCCUGGCUGGACAGACCAAGCAAUCUCUUGAGCUGUCUCCCAUUCGCGUUGUCAAGGCACCUGAUGGCUCUAUGAACCGAGCAGCAAUGUCAGGUACCAAUUUGGCAAAAGAGCGAAAGGAACUUAAGCAACAAGAAGCCGACGCCGCUGCUAAAGAUGAGCCCAAGGAGAACCUCGCCCAGCAAUGGCAAGAUCCCAUGGCCGAUCCCGACAAGAGGAAGUUUGCUAGCGAUUUGCGAAACGCCAGGAAGAACCAGCCCUCUGAGGAUGUCCCAGAGUGGAAGAAGGCCGUUAUUCCUAAGGGUCAAUCCUUGGGCAAGCGUACGAACUUGAGCAUCAAGGAGCAACGAGAGACUUUGCCCGUCUUUGCCUUCCGCAACCAGUUGAUCAAGGCCGUUCACGAGAAUCAAAUCCUGAUUGUUGUUGGAGAGACAGGAUCCGGAAAGACUACACAGUUGACACAAUAUCUUGCUGAAGCUGGCUUCGCCAACGACGGUAUGAUCGGCUGUACGCAACCCCGUCGUGUUGCUGCCAUGUCAGUCGCCAAGCGUGUAGCUGAGGAAGUUGGCUGCAAGCUUGGUGAAGAGGUCGGAUACACCAUUCGAUUUGAGGACUGCACCAGCCCUCAAACUAAGAUCAAGUACAUGACAGACGGUAUGCUUCAAAGAGAAAUCUUGGUGGAUCCUGACAUGCAGCGAUACUCCUGUAUCAUGCUUGACGAGGCUCACGAACGUACCAUCGCUACUGAUGUACUGUUUGCUUUGCUGAAGAAGGCCCUCAAGCGCCGCCCUGAUAUGAAGGUUAUUGUCACAUCAGCGACACUCGAUGCCGACAAAUUUUCCGCAUACUUCAACGAAUGCCCUAUCUUUACUAUCCCCGGUCGUACCUUUCCUGUCGAAGUCCUCUACUCCAGAGAGCCUGAAUCCGAUUACCUGGAUACUGCACUUGUCACAGUCAUGCAGAUCCAUCUUACCGAACCCAAGGGUGACAUUCUUCUCUUCUUAACAGGACAAGAAGAAAUUGACACAGCUUGCGAAGUGUUGUACGAGAGAAUGAAGGCCUUGGGGCCUAACGUGCCAGACUUGAUUAUUCUGCCUGUCUACGCCUCUCUUCCAACCGAAAUGCAAAGUCGAAUUUUCGAUCCUGCCCCUCCUGGAAGUCGAAAGGUUGUCAUCGCUACCAAUAUUGCAGAGACCUCCAUUACCAUUGACGAGAUUUAUUACGUCGUCGAUCCCGGUUUCGUGAAGCAGAACGCCUACGAUCCCAAGCUGGGUAUGGACUCAUUGGUUGUCACACCCAUUUCUCAAGCCCAAGCGAACCAGCGAGCGGGUCGUGCAGGUCGAACAGGUCCCGGAAAGUGUUUCCGUCUGUACACCGAAGCAGCAUACCAGUCUGAAAUGCUUCCGACCACCAUUCCCGAAAUUCAGCGACAGAACUUGUCUACCACGAUUCUUAUGCUCAAGGCCAUGGGUAUCAAUGACCUGCUCCACUUCGACUUUAUGGACCCGCCUCCAAUUAAUACUAUGCUUACCGCGUUGGAGGAGCUGUACGCCCUCAGUGCCCUCGAUGACGAAGGUCUGCUCACACGAUUGGGACGAAAGAUGGCCGACUUCCCUAUGGAACCGUCGCUUGCCAAGGUUCUUAUCGCUGCCGUCGAUCUCGGAUGUGCCGAAGAAGUGCUUAGCAUCGUGUCUAUGCUGAACAUCCCAACCGUCUUCUACCGCCCCAAGGAGAAGCAAUCCCAAGCUGAUCAAAAGAAGGCCAAGUUCCACGACCCCCACGGCGAUCAUCUCACAUUCCUCAACGUAUAUAAUUCUUGGAAGACGAGCGGUUACUCAGCACCAUGGUGUUUCGAGAACUUCAUCCAAGCCCGAUCAAUGCGUCGAGCCAAGGAUGUCCGCGACCAAAUCGUCAAGAUCAUGGACCGAUACAAGCACCCCAUCAAAUCCUGCGGCCGCCAAACAGAAAUGGUUCGUCGAGCCCUCUGCGCAGGCUUCUUCCGCAACGCCGCCCGCAAGGAUCCCCAGGAAGGCUACAAGACCCUUAUCGAGGGCACUCCCGUCUACCUGCACCCUAGCUCCGCGCUGUUCGGCAAGCAAGCCGAGUGGGUCAUCUACCACGAACUUGUGCUCACCAGUAAGGAGUACAUGCACUGCACGACGAGUAUUGAGCCCAAGUGGCUAGUCGAAGCUGCGCCGACGUUCUUCAAGGUCGCGCCUACGGAUAAGUUGAGUAAGAGGAAGAAGGCGGAGAGGAUCCAGCCGCUUUAUAAUAAAUUUGCUACGGAGGAUGACUGGCGACUUAGUGCGCAGAGGAAGGGUGGUAGAGGUGGUGGUGGUGGAGGUACCUGGGGGUAG